CUCCAAAAAGAGUCUUUUUUUUGUUCCUUCCGCCAUGAACCGCGCGGAUCAGCGCGGCCGCGGAACGAUCCCUUUCUAUUUCUGCGUGACCUUUGCGAGCGCCUUGCUGCUCGAAGUUUUGCUGGAGGCUUUCACAAAGCCGAGUACAAGCAGCGUAGGCGAAGGUGUGAGAAAGAACACAGUCGUUGCGCUCGGCCUCACGAUCGGAGAGUUUGCGGGGUGCUGCGUGAUCUCCAAGUCCUUCGGAGGGACUUUGGCGGACGAUGGAUAUCGUUAUGGUCCAAAGUCCUGGGCUCCCUAUAUUCAGAUGGCUUUCUUACUCGUCUUGGGCACCGGGCUGCCAAAUCUGGCAGUGCAUUGGGUUCAGUACCCCUUGAAAGUGACCAUCAAAUCAUCCAAGUUGAUGCUGGCCAUGGCUGUCGCGUAUGCCUUCAAACACCGGAGCAAUCGCAAGUAUACGGCGAGUGAGUAUGCCGGAGCCUUUCUUCUCACUGUAGGAAAUGUGCUUUUCUCCUUUGGUUCUGGGCAAAUCAAUGCCCCUCCUCACCUGGUGCUGCUUGGUGUCAUCCUGCUUCUAGUGGCUUCGCUGAGUGACGUCAUAGCCGUCAACAUGCAGCAGUGGAAGAUGCAGGAGGAGGGCGUUGCGCCCAUGUCCUUGAUGUUGCGUCAGAACUUCAUUGGACUCAUCGGAAAUAUCCUUGUGCUGCUAGCGGUGCUGGCAUCCAAUAGCUUUCAGCAUGACCUGAAGUUCCAGGAAAUGCGGCAUCUCUUGUUCGCGAUGACGGGCAUUGGCCUUCUCACCGGCUUUUCUUGCUGGGCAAACACUCACAUCGUCAAUGAAGGAGGAGCUGUUCAACAGGUCAAAGUGUCCAGUCUUCGCAAGAUCUUCACUGUGAUGCUCUCGUACAUCUUGUUUCCCAAGCACUUGACCCCUUGGCGCGGGUUCGUUUUAGCUCUGCUCGGUGCCGGGCUUUCUUGGCACUUGUUCCAAUGCCGCGGCUCCAAGACGAAGGUCCAGGUGCCGAAGCAGAAGAUCGUGGCCUGCGAGGUGCCGGAGCAGACUCCGGAGCAGAAGAUCGACAGCGUUGACAACCUGAAUGCUGCGGAGAUGGGGGAGGCCAAGGAGUUGAAGAAGUCGGUCCCAGCCCAGGUGACACCGGAGCUCGGGGCCGUCAACGCUCCGCUGCCCAUGAAGCGUGACAGCUCUGAGGACAGCUCCAGCUCAGUGGCCACCACGGCCAGCAUGGCCACCAUGGGCACCAUCUCUCCCAGUCACAGCUUUGGUGAGUUGCCCUUCAGCCAUUCGGAUAGCGGCUAUUCGUCUCGCCAAGCGAUACUGGCACGGUAGAACAUGGG